GAGACGCCGGGAGCCGGGGGCGCCUGUGGCUCCGGGCAGGGGCUGCGGCCGAAAGAUGCCGGUCCGCAGGGGCCACGUCGCUCCCCAAAACACUUACCUGGACACCAUCAUCCGCAAGUUCGAGGGCCAAAGUCGGAAGUUCCUGAUCGCCAAUGCUCAGAUGGAGAACUGCGCCAUCAUUUACUGCAACGACGGCUUCUGCGAACUCUUCGGCUACUCCCGAGUGGAGGUGAUGCAGCAACCCUGCACCUGCGACUUCCUCACAGGCCCCAACACACCGAGCAGCGCCGUGUCCCGCCUAGCGCAGGCCCUGCUGGGGGCUGAGGAGUGCAAGGUGGACAUCCUCUACUACCGCAAGGAUGCCUCCAGCUUCCGCUGCCUGGUAGAUGUGGUGCCCGUGAAGAAUGAGGACGGGGCUGUCAUCAUGUUCAUCCUCAACUUCGAGGACCUGGCCCAGCUCCUGGCCAAGCGCAGCAGCCGCAGCUUGUCCCAGCGCCUGUUGUCCCAGAGCUUCCUGGGCUCCGAGAGCUCUCACGGCAGGCCAGGCGGACCAGGGCCAGGCACAGGCAGGGGCAAGUACAGGACCAUCAGCCAGAUCCCGCAGUUCACACUCAACUUCGUGGAGUUCAACUUGGAGAAGCACCGCUCCAGCUCCACCACGGAGAUUGAGAUCAUCGCGCCCCAUAAGGUGGUGGAGCGGACACAGAACGUCACUGAGAAGGUCACCCAGGUCCUGUCCCUGGGCGCAGAUGUGCUGCCCGAGUACAAGCUGCAGGCGCCGCGCAUCCACCGCUGGACCAUCCUGCACUACAGCCCCUUCAAGGCCGUGUGGGACUGGCUCAUUCUGCUGCUGGUCAUCUACACAGCCGUCUUUACGCCCUACUCAGCCGCCUUCCUGCUCAGCGACCAGGACGAAUCACGGCGUGGGGCCUGCGGCUAUACCUGCAGUCCCCUCACCGUGGUGGAUCUCAUCGUGGACAUCAUGUUCAUUGUGGACAUCAUCAUCAACUUCCGCACCACCUAUGUCAACACCAAUGAUGAGGUGGUCAGCCACCCCCGCCGCAUCGCCGUCCACUACUUCAAGGGCUGGUUCCUCAUUGACAUGGUGGCCGCCAUCCCUUUUGAUCUCCUGAUCUUCCGCACCGGCUCCGAUGAGACCACAACCCUGAUUGGGCUAUUGAAGACAGCGCGGCUGCUGCGGCUGGUGCGCGUAGCACGGAAGCUGGACCGCUACUCUGAGUACGGGGCGGCUGUGCUCUUCUUGCUCAUGUGCACCUUCGCGCUCAUAGCGCACUGGCUGGCCUGCAUCUGGUACGCCAUCGGUAAUGUGGAGCGGCCCUACCUGGAACACAAGAUCGGCUGGCUGGACAGCCUGGGCGUGCAGCUUGGCAAGUGCUACAACGGCAGCGACCCAGCCUCCGGCCCCUCAGUGCAGGACAAGUAUGUCACAGCCCUCUACUUCACCUUCAGCAGCCUCACCAGCGUGGGCUUCGGCAAUGUCUCGCCCAACACCAACUCCGAGAAGGUCUUCUCCAUCUGCAUCAUGCUCAUCGGCUCCCUGAUGUACGCCAGCAUCUUCGGGAAUGUGUCUGCGAUCAUCCAGCGCCUGUACUCGGGCACCGCACGCUACCACACGCAAAUGCUGCGUGUCAAGGAGUUCAUCCGCUUCCACCAGAUCCCCAACCCGCUGCGCCAGCGCCUGGAGGAGUACUUCCAGCACGCCUGGUCCUACACCAAUGGCAUUGACAUGAACGCGGUGCUGAAGGGCUUCCCCGAGUGCCUGCAGGCUGACAUCUGCCUGCACUUGCACCGCGCGCUGCUGCAGCACUGCCCAGCUUUCAGCGGCGCCAGCAAGGGCUGCCUGCGCGCGCUAGCCGUCAAGUUCAAGACCACGCACGCGCCGCCUGGGGACACGCUGGUGCACCUCGGCGACGUGCUCUCCACGCUCUACUUCAUCUCCCGAGGCUCCAUCGAGAUCCUACGCGACGACGUGGUCGUGGCCAUCCUAGGGAAGAAUGACAUCUUUGGGGAACCCGUCAGCCUCCAUGCCCAGCCAGGCAAGUCCAGUGCAGAUGUGCGGGCUCUGACCUACUGCGACCUGCACAAGAUCCAGCGGGCAGACCUGCUGGAGGUGCUGGACAUGUAUCCGGCCUUUGCGGACAGCUUCUGGAGUAAGCUGGAGGUCACCUUCAACCUUCGGGAUGCAGCCGGGGGUCUCCACUCAUCCCCCCGACAGGCUCCUGGCAGCCAAGACCACCAAGGUUUCUUUCUCAGUGACAACCAGUCAGAUGCAGCCCCUCCCCUGAGCAUCUCAGAUGCAUCUGGCCUUUGGCCUGAGCUACUGCAGCAAAUGCCCCCAAGGCGCAGCCCCCAAAGCCCUCAGGGAGACCCAGAUUGCUGGCCUCUGAAGCUGGGCUCCAGGCUAGAGCAGCUCCAGGCCCAGAUGAACAGGCUGGAGUCCCGCGUGUCCUCAGACCUCAGCCGCAUCUUGCAGCUCCUCCAGCAGCCCAUGUCCCAGGGCCACGCCAGCUACAUUCUGGAAGCCCCUGCCUCCAAUGACCUGGCCUUGUUUCCUAUAGCCUCGGAGACGACGAGUCCAGGGCCCAGGCUGCCCCAGGGCUUUCUGCCUCCUGCACAGACCCCAAGCUAUGGAGACUUGGACGACUGUAGUCCAAAGCACAGGAACUCCUCCCCCAGGAUGCCUCACCUGGCUGUGGCAACGGACAAAACUCUGGCACCAUCCUCAGAACAGGAACAGCUUGAGGGACUCUGGUCACCCCUGGCCUCACCUCUACAUCCCCCGGAAGUACAAGGACUCAUCUGUGGUCCCCGCUUCUCCUCCCUCCCUGAACACCUUGGCUCUGUUCCCAAGCAGCUGGACUUCCAGAGACACGGCUCAGAUCCUGGAUUUGCAGGGAGUUGGGGCCACUGAACUCCAAGAUAAAGACACCACGAGGGGACUGAAGGUGGGCAAGGUGAGAGUUAAGGAUCUUGGGGAGGUGGCCGGGCGCGGUGGUUCGCCUGUAAUCCCAGCACUUUGGGAGGCCAAGGCGGGCGGAUCAGACCAUCCUGGCUAACACGGUGAAACCCCAUCUCUACUAAAAAUAAAAAAAAAAAUUAGCUGGGCCUGGUGUCGGGCGCCUGUAAUCCCAGCUACUGGGGAGGCUGAGGCAGGAGAAUGGUGUGAACCCAGGAGGUAGAGGUUGCAGGGAGCCAAGACCGCGCCGCUGCACUCCAGCCUGGGUGACAGAGCGAGACUCCAUCUCAAAAAAAAAAGAAAAAAAGAUCUUGGGGAGGCAGACAUCCUCCCAGAUGGGCCUCUCCUAAAGUAGCUACAAACUGCUGAUCCAGGUGACCCAGGAUAGCAUGGGUGAAGAAGCUCACGACUUUUCCCAGCCUCCUGCAGGGCUCCAUUUAAACAGCAAGCCUGGUGGAGAGUGGGAGAGUCUCAGGUGUAGAGGCAGCUUACAGGAUGGAGGGAGCAGUGAAGAAAGAAGUUUCUGAUCUACAUGAGUACCUUGCUCUGAGCCUCCCAGCUCAGAAUCCUCCAGCACCUCAUGGCCCAGUACCAAGGCCCGGGGUUGGUCAGAACUCUUACCAUGAGCCUCCGACCUGGCUGGAGAUGGAGGUGUGUUCUGUGGCAGACAUGUCAGGACAGACCUCCAGCCCUCUGCUCCUGAUGGUUCUGUGACAUUGAGUCUCUUGAGGGCAGUGGAAUGUCACGCAGCUAAUAAAGUACACAUUUCAUGUUGGACUGGGUGUGUAACUUAUCUGAAGAUCAUUACGCCUUUGACCGUGCUGUGGCUUUCUCCAAACCUUCUUGUAAGGAGCUGGAGACUUACCCUCCACCAUAUCCAGUGUGUUGGGGUCCUGAAGGUGGUU